AUAUAUAUGCGCAUGCGUUGUGCCUGAAAAGAGGACAACCCUGUCCACCGAAUGAGCUUACGGCUGAAUGGUCAAGAUUCAUAAACUCGUCAUCUUCAUUGCUUCCAUUUUCUCCAGCGGACAGAGGAGGCACCAUGAAGGAUUUACAUUCGAUAGCAUGUAUUUGUUUCCUGCUUUAUAUCUCCAGAGUCGCUAAUACAACAUCGCCACAAUAUGAACCCCUGGAACUUCGGCUGACAAGUGAACACGAGGGGCGAGUGGAGGUUUCAAAUGGCGGGCCAUGGGGGCCGUUGUGCGAUGACCGAUGGACGGCCAACGAUGCCAAUGUUGUCUGUCGAACCCUCGGCUACACACAUGCUCUAUUUCCCAACGUCACCGGACACGAUGUCGAGGUCAGUGGGAGCGGCGAUCUCGAAAUGGAUGAGGUUUUCUCAGAUACUGUGAGAUGCGUUGGCAACGAGACGAACAUCGCUUUCUGUCCCAUGAAUGUCAGCUUUUCCGACAGAUGCGAUGAAAAUGACGGUGUAAACGUCAACUGUGAAGGAAUAGUAAAGGUCCGCUUGGAAGAUGGCACCAGUGACAGGGAGGGCAGAGUCGAAGUGUUCCAUCGAGGCUCAUGGGGUACUGUCUGCGAUAAUAACUUCGGCUUACACGAGGCCAACGUCGUUUGCCGAAUGCUGGAGUUUGGCUUCGCUGAUCGCUACUACGCCGGGGGACUCUUCGGAGCGGGCACCAGUGAGAUCCUCGUGGAUGAUCUUCAAUGUAUGGGGGAUGAAUUGAACAUUGGCCAAUGUUCCCCGAAAUAUACUGGGACCCAUAAUUGCACGCACGAAAGCGAUGUUGGCAUCAGCUGUGUAGCACUUCCUGUACGCCUUGUCGAAGGGGGAUCACCAAACAAAGGUCGCGUCGAGGUGCACUUCGAGGGGUCAUGGGGAACGAUUUGCGAUGAUGAUUGGAACAUGAAAAGUGGCAAUGUCGUCUGCCGAAUGCUUGGCUAUCCUGGAGUCCUCAAAGCUUACGGGGUAGCGUAUUACGGGGAAGGAAUCGGGCAGAUCAUCCUCGACCGGUUUGAAUGCAACGGAGGGGAAAGUCAUAUCGCGCGCUGCGGACAAGACAUAUAUGGGAAACAUAAUUGCGGGCACCAUGAAGAUUCCGGUGUAGAUUGCUCGGGAGAAGCAACAUCGAACAUCCGACUCCGCGAUGGCCCAGACCCAAGCCAGGGUCGUCUAGAACUGUACCUUAUGGGGGCAUGGGGCACCGCUUGUCUGAGAAACUGGACAUCAAUCGACUCUUCUGUAGUAUGUCGCAAGCUUGGCUACCUCGGCGCUGCGGAUACCCUAUCGGGGCCAACCUCGUACGGGAAAGGAACGGGGCUGGUGUUGGUACAGGAGCCCCGCUGCGAGGGCAAGGAAUCAGAUCUUCUGCAGUGUGACAUUGCCUAUCCUUUAGGAGUCACCAACUGCACGCAUGACGAAGACGUAUGGGUGAACUGUCUGCAGAAAGAAAAUCUUGAAGUGCGUCUUGUCGGUGGACAGUCUUCUAAUAAGGGGCGAGUUGAGGUACUACACCGGGGGAGAUGGGGAACCAUCUGCGAUGACAACUGGAACAUCCUGGACUCCCACGUCGUGUGCAGGAUGAUGGGCUUCGACGUCGCAGAGGACUACGGACAUUUCGGCGAGGGAUCCGGAGUCAUUCUCCUCGAUGAGGUGCAGUGCAACGGAGCAGAAGAGAACCUUGGACACUGCAUGCGGGAAGACUAUGGGGUCCAUGACUGCGACCAUUCGGAGGACGUGGGAGUAUCCUGCAUAAGCUACGUUUCAAAACCAACGGUUUCUUUCUCGCAAAGUUCAACUGAAAAACCAAGAACAGGAUUUCCAUCGGUACUAUCCACAGGUAAUGGUUUUCAAGAGCCCUUAUAACAGUUUGCAUAUUGAUUGAAUGUACAUCGUUAAAGUAAAUCAAUAACAAAAAAAGUAAAUAAUAUCAUGUCAAUUUAAACUUGUCCGUGCCUAGAAAUUAUUUUUCUGCUGACUGCCUUACUUAUACUUGGAGGAAAAACCAAGGCCUUGGUAAAUCUUACUACUUACAAUGAUUUCUAACUACUUUAACUAAAUUUGGAUAGUCUUUAUGAAAAAUAGGUCGUUUUAUUUUUGAGAAUCUCUUCCUAAAAGUAGUUGCAUGGUUCAUGCGGUGUGGUGGAAUAUAAAAAUAACAGCACAAAUUAUAUAGCAUAAUUACCCCUAAAUAUUGUGGAUUAAUGACAGAGAGAAACAGAGAUAGAGAG